AUGUCUGGGAUCUACAAAGAGCGCUCCCGCGCCACCCGUCAGACGGACGACUCGCGUCGCCACCGCGACAGACGGUCUCGCUCACCAGACCGCAGGCCGAGGCGGUCGGAAGACGCUGAGAAUGAGAGGAAAACGGCGGCGCCCGCGACGCUGCCGUUUGAGGCGCGGCCGCUGACCAAGGGCGAUCUUUACAAGUUUGAGCCGCUGCUGGGUCAUUACCUGGACCUGCAGAAGCAGAAAUGCAUGGACGACAUGGAUGACCGGGAAGUCAAAGGCCGCUGGAAGAGCUUCAUGGGGAAAUGGAACAGGGGCGAGCUGGCCGAGGGCUGGUACGACCCGGAAAUGUUUCAGCGAAUCCUGGAAUCCCUACCAGCGGACGAGCCGGAGAUCGCAGGCUAUGCGGAGCCCGAGAGGCGAGAACGGAGGCACUCGCCAGCGGAGGAGCAGCCGCACGGCGAGGCCACUCCUGCCGACUCGGACGACUCAGACUACGGGCCGGCCUUGCCCUCCUCCUCCCGCGGAAGCAGACGCAUAGGCGCCGGCAUACCGUCCAGGGACGACCUAGCUCUGCGCGACGAGCUGCGCGCCUCGGACCGCGACGCCGCCCGCGCGGACCUGCGCGCGGAGCGCCAGGCGGACCGGCAGCAGCAAAAGGCGCGGCUCGAGGAGCUGGUCCCGCGCGCCGAGCCGGGCACGCGGGAGCGGCGCCUGGAAAAGAAGCGCGAGACCAACGACAAGAUGCGGUCGUUCCGCGAGGGCGGCAGCCCCGGGCCGAUGGCGGCGGCGCACGACGGCGAGCUCAUGGGCGGGGGCGACUCGCUGGGCGAGCUCCGGCAGCGCAAGGCCGAGGAGCAGCGGCGCAAGUCGGAGCGCGAGGUCCGGCGCGAGGAGCUGCAGCGCGCCAAGCAGCUCGAGAUGGAGGAGAGGCGGCGUAAGUGGCAGGAGAGGGAGGAGGGCACCAUGAGCAUGCUGCAUGAGCUGGCGAGGCAGCGCUUCGGGCCCGGGGCGAGCUGA